AUGGGUUCUACACCUAAACACCCUUUGUUUUGUCUAAAAUGGCCGUGGGACAUGAACCAAAAUGCUAAAGCUAACACUCCUAGCGCUUGCAACUUUGAGGGUCCUUGGUUAUUCAAAUCUCUGCAAACUAUUGGGUCCAUUGCUUUCAAUUUCGUCAACUCAGUUUCCGGGUCCUCGUUUUCAUUGGCCAAUACCUUUAAGCCCUCCCAGUUGGAUGCAAGAACCAGCCAGAGUAACAGUUUGAAGUCAAAAACAAUCUUGGGUCCUGAAGAGCAGGGGGAGGCAGAGCAUAGAGCAUUUGCCUCAGCUUUAGCAAGUGGGAAAGAGGCUACUGUGGUUGAGUUUUAUUCACCCAAAUGCAGGCUGUGUAAUUCUCUGCUUAAUUUUGUUAGGGAGGUUGAAGGUAGGAACGCAGACUGGCUUAACAUUGUUAUGGCAGAUGCAGAGAACUAUAAAUGGCUUCCCGAGCUUCUCCAUUAUGACGUUAGAUAUGUUCCUUGCUUUGUGCUGGUGGACAAGAAGGGGAGGGCGCUGGCAAAGACUGGUAUUCCGAGUAGUCGGCUACAUGUAAUAGCAGGUCUCUCUCAUCUUCUCAAGAUGAAGCGUCCUUGCAAAAAGCAAUAG